AACGAGAGCGUGAGUUGGAAAUCAAAGAAAGAAGAGUUCGAGUUGUAUUGUCGAGAUUUAAAUCUUUACCUUCGGGACCAAGUUGUAAAUGAAGAUUUAAGAGAAAAAUGGAGUGAACUCAUUGAAUCCCAGGUAUGGCAUCUCUUUUGGGAUCCUAGUACGGCUUGCUUUGCUCGUGGUCCCGAAGGGAUCCUAGUACAGCUUGCUUUGCUUGUGGUCCCAGGGGAUCCUAAUACGGCUUGCUUUGCUUGUGAUCCCUUAAAAUUCUCUUGGUCUAACAAUACCGGCGGAAUAACCUUUUACUACUUCAUGGAUGAUCUCAAAAAAGAUUUGGAACAUAAUAUGGAAACUGUCUUAGAUGAAGAUUCUGCUACAACUGUUACAACUCAGACGUCUAGAUCCUCAAGAUCUUCAAGAUCUAAAGGACCCUCUAAAUCAACCAUUUUACGGAACAAACAAAAAGAAAAGGAAGAACUAGAUAAUCAAAUUCUACUCCAAGAAGUAAAAGAUCGAUAUGAAACUUUAACUGUAAGUGCUCCUCAAGA